GGCUCUGCGCAGCAAGCGCCAGGGCCAUGCGGGUGGCGACGGGGGGCGCGCGGGCCGCCGCGCUGGCGCUGCUACUGGGGGCUCUGCACUCGACGCCGGUGCGCGGCCAGGAGUACGAUUACUACGGCUGGCAGGCCGAGCCGCUGCACGGCCGCUCCUACUCCAAGCCGCCGCAGUGCCUCGACAUCCCCGCUGACCUGCCGCUCUGCCACACGGUGGGCUACAAGCGCAUGCGGCUGCCCAACCUGCUGGAGCACGAGAGCCUGGCCGAGGUGAAGCAGCAGGCGAGUAGCUGGCUGCCGCUGUUGGCCAAGCGCUGCCACUCGGACACGCAGGUCUUCCUUUGCUCGCUUUUCGCGCCCGUCUGUCUCGACCGACCCAUUUACCCGUGCCGCUCGCUUUGCGAGGCCGUGCGCGCCGGCUGCGCGCCGCUCAUGGAGGCCUAUGGCUUCCCCUGGCCCGAGAUGCUGCACUGCCACAAGUUCCCCUUGGACAACGACCUCUGCAUCGCUGUGCAGUACGGACACCUGCCUGCCACUGCGCCUCCAGUGACCAAGAUCUGUGCCCAGUGUGAGAUGGAACACAGCGCUGAUGGUCUCAUGGAUCAGAUGUGCUCCAGCGACUUUGUGGUCAAAAUGCGCAUCAAGGAGAUCAAGAUGGAGAAUGGAGACAGGAAGCUGAUCGGAUCCCAAAAGAAGAAGAAGCUGCUCAAGUCGGGGCCCCUGAAGCGCAAGGACUCCAAGCGGCUGGUGCUGCACAUGAAGAAUGGUGCAGGCUGCCCCUGCCCGCAGCUGGACAGCCUGGCAGGCAGCUUCCUAGUCAUGGGCCGAAAGGUGGACGGACAGCUGCUGCUCAUGGCUGUGUACCGCUGGGACAAGAAGAACAAGGAGAUGAAGUUCGCGGUCAAAUUCAUGUUCUCCUACCCCUGCUCUCUCUACUACCCCUUCUUCUAUGGGGCAGACCCUCACUGAAGGGUGCUCCUUCUUGCCCACCCCCCUUACAGCCAGAUGUGCCUUGC